AUGGAAAAGGCUUAUGAAAAUGGUUUCCAACUUAGCGUGAAGCUAAGUGAACCAACUCUAGUUCCUCCUGCAGAAGAAACAAAGAAAGGCAUGUACUUCCUAUCUAACCUUGACCAGAACAUUGCAGUGAUUGUCCGAACUGUUUACUGCUUCAAAACUGCUGAGAAAGGAAAUGAGAAAGCUGUGGAAGUGAUCAAGAAUGGCUUGAAGAAGGUUCUUGUUCAUUAUUACCCUCUUGCUGGGAGGUUGAACAUAAGCUCAGAGGGUAAACUCAUAGUAGAUUGCACAGGUGAAGGUGCCCUGUAUGUUGAGGCUGAAGCAAACUGUUCAAUGGAAGAGAUUGGUGACAUCACAAAGCCAGACCCAGGGACUCUUGGUAUGCUUGUUUAUGACAUUCCUGGAGCAAAACAUAUUCUUCAGAUGCCUCCUUUGGUUGCCCAGGUGACUAAGUUUAAAUGUGGAGGCUUUGCUCUUGGGCUGUGCAUGAAUCAUUGUAUGUUUGAUGGCAUUGGUGCUAUGGAGUUUGUGAACUCUUGGGGAGAAGUAGCCAGAGGCCUACCUCUCUCUAUCCCUCCAAGACUAGACAGAAGCUUACUCAAGGCACGCAAUCCACCUAAGAUAGAGCAUCUGCACCAAGAAUUUGCUGACAUUGAAGACAAGUCCAGCACCAAUAGCUUCUAUGAAGAUGAGAUGGUCUAUAGGUCCUUCUUUUUUGAUCCUGAGAAACUGAAGCAACUGAAGAUGAAAGCUAUGGAAGAUGGGGCUCUUGAAUCUUGCUCAACUUUUGAAGUCCUCUCAGCAUUUGUAUGGAUAGCUAGAACCAAAGCACUAAAAAUGUUACCAGACCAGAAAACAAAGCUCCUUUUUGCUGUUGAUGGAAGGGCUAAGUUUAACCCUCCUCUUCCAAAAGGGUACUGUGGAAAUGGGAUUGUGCUAACAAAUUCUGUGUGUCAAGCAGGUGAAUUAGCAGACAAGCCCUUCUCAUUUGCUGUGAGACUCAUUCAAGAUGCAAUAAAGAUGGUCACAGAUAGUUACAUGAGAUCAGCUAUAGAUUAUUUUGAGGUGACAAGAGCUAGGCCUUCUCUAGCUUGCACCCUUUUGAUCACAACUUGGUCAAGGUUGUCCUUUCAUACCACUGAUUUUGGAUGGGGAGAACCUGUUCUGUCAGGGCCAGUGUCAUUGCCAGAGAAGGAAGUGAUUUUGUUCCUUUCUCAUGGCCAAGAGAGGAGAAACAUCAAUGUGCUUCUUGGUUUGCCAGCUCCUGUCAUGAAGAUCUUCCAAGAUUUGAUGCAGAUAUAA